AUGACCUGGAUGCUGUUGCUCAUCUUUAUCAUGGUCCAUUUAGGAUCCUGUGUUCUUUGGGUGUCCCAGCAUACCCAGGAGAGCACUGUAACCCCCCUGUCCUGCUCCUUCAAUGCCAGCAGAAGGAGACCAGCCAUUGGCUCUGUUACAUGGUACCAAGACAAGGUGGCCCCUGGAAAGGAGGUGAGGAACAGAAUCCCACAGUUCAGGGGCUGCCUGGUUCCCCUCGCUUCUUCCCCAUUCCUCUGUGAUCACCAGGCUGAACUACACAUCUGGGACACCCAAGGCCAAGAUGCUGGUGUCUAUGUGUGUAGGGUGGAGGUGCUGAACCUGGGUGUUGGGACAGGCAAUGGGACUUGGCUUCUGGUAGUGACAGGACCUCCUGGACUAAAGAUCAGCACAAUGCCCCUCCUUCAGGCUGGAUUCUACGCCUUUGGUUUUCUCUCUGUGGCUAAGGGCAGCACCCUCUAUUUCCAGGGAACAUAUCUGACCUGGAAAGGUCCAAGGAGAAAGCUCCCUACUUUGGAGCCUAGAGUUACAACUUGA